ACGAUCGGUUAGAGAAUGAGCUAAUGUCCAGAAAAGCUUUGUGCCCAAGAAUCUACGGGCAACCCAAAGCUCACAAAGCUGGAUUACCACUACGACCAGUAGUUCCAAACAUGACAGCACCCACCUACACUCUCUCAAAGUUCGUUGGACAGAUACUGCAGAGCUCACUGCAAAGCACCUACAACAUAAGGGACUCCUACAGCUUCUGUGACUACAUCAACGGCAUCACCCUCCCAGCUGACUAUGUGUUGGUAUCCCUGGACGUUGUUUCUCUUUUCACGUGCAUUCCCUUCGAACUUGUUCGACGCGAUGUCACGUUCAACUGGAGCGACAUACAGAAACACACCAACAUAAACCUGGAAAUCAUGUUGGAAAUCAUCGAGUUCAUCAUGAAAUCAUGCUACUUCACAUUCGAGGGAAAGUUCUAUUCACAAAUUUUUGGAACUGCCAUGGGUAACCCCCUGUCGUCCCCACUAGCCGAUCUCGUCAUGGAGAAUCUGAUGCACGCCGUCGUCAAAAAGCUCGAUUUUCAACCACCAGUGCUCAAGAAGUACGUCGACGACCUGAUCGUAGCGCUUCCCCUGAACAAGUUGAAACACGUCCAAGACUCAUUCAAUAGCUACAGCCAACACAUCCAAUUCACCUACGAGCUAGAAGAAAACAGGAGACUGCCGUAUCUGGACAUGGUAUUGGUCCGCACCGAAGCCCAACAGAUCCGGACGGAAUGGUACCGAAAGCCAAUUUCGAGUGGUCGUUUUCUGGACUUCUUCUCCUGCCACACCACGAGCCAGAAGGUCAAUACAGCUAUGAACUUCAUACAACGUGUAGACAAACUGUCUACCAACUUAAACACUCGGGAAAAAAUGAAGAUCGUGGACAGGGAGCUAGAAAUCAAUCAUUACCCAAAACCCCUUCGGCGUCGACUCAUCAACUGCCAGCUAUGUAACCGUUCCAGCAACGGCAACCAACAACAACAACAACAAACGCAACAAGCCGAACCGAGCCACCAGCAGACAAACAUCUGCUACCGAUCCAUACCAAACAUCCCAACCUUGUCACAAACUAUAGCCAAAACACUCAAGCAGGACUACCCGGAGGUACGGUUAGCUUUCCGCAACACCAACACUGUGGGCUCAAGCUUCUUCAGCAACAUGAAGGACAAGGUGCCCACGGAGAACCACACCAACGUCAUCUAUGCUAUCCCAUGCAACGAAUGUGAGAGUUCGUACAUCGGGAUGACAACAACGCAGCUGAAAACGAGGAUGUCGAGCCACAGAAGCGACAUAAAACGGUUGGACGAGCUGCUACAGGCGGGACACACCACUGACGACUACAAGAUAGCCGAGCUGAGGCAGAAAACAGCUUUGCUCGAGCACAGCAUCGCAAAACAACAUUCUUUCGACACGAAAAAAGUAAGAAUCUUAGACCAACACAACCGUGGUACAGCUCUACCAAUCCUAGAGAUGUGCCAUAUCACGAACAAUAACCAUACCGUAAACAAACGUACAGAUACAGAGGGCCUGAGUAUUAUCUACGCAGGAUUACUACACACACUUAAAACUAAAAACUAUAAACACAGAAAACCCAACACAGUAACACCGGGUGAAACAGAACAAGAAUAGUAUUCCCUCCCUUCUCCCACAUUUGACCCACAUUUAGUACACAAAAUGACCCAAAUUCUAGCCAUGCCUUUGACGCUUUUUGGUGAACAAACCGCCAUUAAGCUCCGUUCGAUUGAAAUUGACCGUUUCGUGGAUAGUGCAACACAAAAAGUUUUUUCGAAACCGAAACCAGCAGCUACCAGCAUAAUAUGUGCUGCUAUGCACCAACUAAGACUGAGGAACAACAACAAAAGACAGUUAUCAAUUUACCCAAAACCCCAAAAAUAACAAGAAAACAAACCGUUUUUAAUCCUUGAAAAAGGCAAUAAAUUUGCCGAAACGUCGGAAAUUGAAACAAUACAUUGUUUUCACUGCUAAAUGACUGAAAGCCGAAAACCAA